AGCAACUCGAGCUCAAAAGACCUUUGGGAGGAAGGACACCAGAGGCUCAGAGGCCACAUAUCAAACGGCCCUGAGGGAAACUCAGAACGAAAGCUCGAGUGACGGAAAUGGAAAAAGCUCCGAACGACAUGUCGGAGAUAACACGGUAGACCAAGCAAAGGUCACCGAAGAGAGAACGGCUUCAGAUGGACAGAACAAAGAUGACAAGAAGGCCGAGACCGGAGGAAUGGCACGGUCGGCCGAAAAGGUCAAGGAGGAAAACGCGGAUCAAGUUGAGAAGGGAAGUGACGAAGUCAGUCAAAAGGUCACCGAAGGUGGUGGCGCCGUCAGCAGCAACGAGCUGAUCAACGAAGGAAAGGUCAAACAGGAUGACCUUUCGGACAACUCACUGUUCUUACACGAUCAGCUGGAAGAGAAUGGUACCAGUCCCGUGUCGAGCGAAAAGUUCUACACUGACGAUGAAGAUGAAACGACGAUACGGACGUCUUUCCAUACGGCAAUGAAGGAGGCCAACUUAACGAAAGGGAUGUUUGAAACGACCCUCCAGGACAAGUUAGAAGAGACCUUUGAAGGAACGGCGUCAGGAAGAGCCGACGACCGGGAACAAAGGUCACCAUCACCAAAAACGUCUGUAAUGAACGGAUUAAAGCAGCGUGUCAAGGAACUAGAACAACUCCUCGACGAAAAGGAAGCGCAAGCUUUCGCUGCGAUACGGGACCAACGCAACAAAACCUUUGAAGUCGAAGCCAGAUUGAGCGUGAUGGAACAAGAAAAGGUCACGUUCGAAGAUGAAGCGCAACAAUGGAAAGUCAGAUUUGAAGGUCAGAAAAAAGCUGCAGAGGAUCUGAGGAAAAUGGUCGAAGAUCGAGACGCGGAAGGUAUACUCACCGCAGAAAACUACGGUCUGUCCGAGGAAGCAGCUGAAAGGUCACAGGAAAUAGCAGAAUUGAAAAAGGAGCGUGACCUUUUACAGUCAAAGGUCAAGGAGGCCGAGAAGAAACGUGACGAAUCCCUAGCAAAUGCGACGAAGUUCACCGGAAAGGUCACCAGCUUGACGGCUGACAUCUCGAAACUGAAGGAUGACCUUAAAUUACGCGAAGACCUUGUCAACACGUUACAAACAGAAUUAAAAGAGAUGAAAAGGAAACACAACGAAGCGGAAAGCCAGAGAGAUCAAGCAGCAAAGGAACUGCUUGAACUGGCUGAAAUAACAAAAACUGAAUUCAAACGACUCAAUGACGAAAUCGACAACCAAAAGAAAGAAGCAAAAAAGUGGUUGAAGGAAGCACAACGGUGUGACGAACGGGUCACUGUGCUAGAGGUCGUGAAUAAAGAAGGAAAGACAGAAAAUGAAAAACAAAAAGAAGAGAUCGCCAAAUUGAGCGAUGAAUCAGUCGGAUUGGCUACUUCCGUAAUGGAAAAGGAUGACAAAAUUACGGAACUAAAAACACAACUGAAAGUAGUUGAGGAAGAGUGCCAAGCGAGAGGAAGGACCCUCGCAGACAGAGCGGAUCGUAUCACACGGUUGGAAGCAGAAGCUGAGAUCCUAAAAGCAGCAAAAAUGGAUCUCGAUAAGACUCUCGAUAACAGAGCAAGUACAAUCCUCGAGCAAAUGAGAAAGGUCACCGAAGCAAACAACGAUUAUGAGAAGCUCAGGAAAGACGCAAACGAAACCGUAAAGCAGCUGCAGCAGACAGUCAAACAAAGAGAGGAAGAAAUUAAAACUUUAAAACGGUCGGCAAAACAAAAGGAAGGAGAGGCAAAACAGCCGGAACGGAUCGAAUCUCCACCCCCCAGAUACGGUGAAGUCCACACCGUCGAAGGUAGCUUUCAUUUCCAAGCUCCCUUAAAGACGGGGACUGGCCGAAGCGACGGCCAUGAUAAAGAUAAGGUCACGGCCAAAGCUGAAAAGGUCACCGACGAUACUGAGUUGGCGAAGGGGCACUCAGGACCGAUCGGUGGGGUCAAUCCUCGGCAACAAGAAACAGGACCGAGGGAAACAAUUGUCUACAAAUCUGACCAUCAACCAGAUAAUCAUGAAGAUCCACGAGUUCGCCAAAACGAGCAGGAAAGGGUAGCUCGUGAAGAGGAGAGGCGAGAAAGAGAAUACCGCGCGGAAUACCACGCUGAAGCACAGCGACUCCGUCGCGAAGAACGGGAAUUCAGAGGUUACAUGAGAGCCAUGGCCCGGAAAUCCGCGUUGAUCGACUACAACGGCAACCGAGAAGCUUUACUUGGUUGGAUCCGUCAGGUCAAGGAGACUCAGAAGACGUAUGACCUUUCGGAUGCAGCAAUGAUGCUGGAAGUCGCCAACGCAGUCAAAGGGACGCGAAGGCAUGGUUUGACGCGGAAAGAGAAAUUGAUGAUGAGGAAGAGGCGGAAGAGUUAA